GCUUGUGACGCCCUGUUCCCGCCGCAGGGCGCGCCGGGCGUGGGCGUGGGCGUGGGCGGCCGGGGCCUGGCGGGGAGCGCCGAUGAAGGCGGCUACCUCUACCUCAAGACGGAGGACCUGGCGGACUACGUGACGGUGCUUCUCCCCGCGGGGACGCCCGACCCCGCCGCCUAUGAGAACAGCAGCCUCAAGGGCGAGGAGGAGGACUACCUGGAGGACGACGAGGAGGACGAGGGCGGGGACGACGAGGAGGACGACGAAGAGGACGAGGCGUUCGCGCCGGACCCGGAGGAGAUGGAGCCCACGGAGGACGCCUUCGACGACGACGAGGAGAUGCAGAUGGACACGUCCGCCGAGUUCGCCAUCGACCCCGAGAGCGUGGAGCGCGAGGACAUGGAGCCGUCGGAGACGACCAUCCGCGCGCAGGCCAUCGCGGACGAGAAGCAGGCGGAGGAGCUGGCGGAGAUGCAGGCGCACAUGCCGGGCGUCAAGGCGCCCGACGCGGCCCCUGACGUGGCCUCUGACGCGGCCCCUCAGGAGGCCACUGAGGAGGCCCCUGAAGCGGCCCCUGAGCAGGCCCCUGAGGCGGCGCCCGAGGCGGCGGCCUCGCGAGAGGACCAGCGCUACUACUACCGCGUGGCCGUGUUCAGCGGCCGGCGCACCUUCGACGGCAUCACGGACGGCGGCCUGCAGGUGUGCGCGGUGAUCCCGUGCACGGGCGUGACGCCCGACACGUGCGGCAAGCUGCACCACUUCCCCAGCGACCUGGCGCUCACCGCCUUUCGCCACGUGCGCAUCUCGGGCCGCUUCGCGCGCGCCAGCGUGCGGCGGAAGGAAACGGACAUCGUCAUGGAGACCCACAAGCCGGUCAGCUUCCUCACCUUCGGCAUCUACAACCGGAACUUCGCCAACGACCCCGAGCGCCAGCCGUCCAUCGGGUAGCUGCAGCCGCCUUUCUUUCCUUAUAUUAUUCUUUUGUCACUAAACGUUUCAGAAUAAAAUACAAACAGUAUGGACA